GAGCAAGAUUGGAACUUCCGCGUUAUUUCCUUUUUUUUUUUUUUCUGGAGAAAUUCUUCAGUUCAGUUCGUUUUCUCUUCUUUCCUCAAGGCGCAGGAUCUAACUGGAGGAUUUCAAAUUCCUGGUGAGUGUUGUGAUUCGAAUUGGAUGGAAUACACUCGCAUUCUUUUCCGCCAUUGAUUCUGCUUGCUUCUUCGAUUCUUUUUGGCACUUUGCUUAUCGGAGUUUGUUCUUGGAUCUCAUCCGUCCCGGGAUUCGGGGCGGGAUAAUUCAGAGGCUGAAAGUUUCACGAAUCAUUUGUUGAACAAGCUGCAACUAGCGCGGCAAUGUCGAGAACUUUGAAUCAAAUUUCUUGAGAGCUUAAGUUCUUAAAUUGUUAUAGAUGGUAGAAGAAUUUGAACAAUUUGUCAAACCGCAUUGUGGUUAUUGUUGAAUCCGGAGGUUUGGAUAUUGCUUCUCUGCCGGAAAAUCUUGAAAUUGGUAUCUGUUGUUGUUGCAGAAAAUCUCGAACUGGAUGCUACGACAGUGAAAGUUAUUUCCUAAUUGUUAUAGUUAAUUGAGAGCUACAAUCAUGAUGGAUUCAGAAUCUGCCGACUCGUCUUCGUCAGCGCAACCUCCUCCUGCUGCAAAUCCAACUUCCACUGCAGAGCCUAUUGUGAUAGCUUCGAAUGUCGGUUCUUCUGACAAAUCUUCUAACGCUGAGCCCUCGGUUCCAACUGGAACUGCAGGCGAUCGUCCUGCUGAAGAACCACGAGCUACAGCUGUGGAAUGUAAUGAUUCUAAUACAAGUUUGCCUGCGCCGACGCCGCCACAGGACUCCGUGGCUACAAGUUCUGCUGCUUCCACACUUUCUCGUAUUACUAGUGGCAUCGGGUUGCGUCUCUCCGCAAUGGCUUCUGGACCAGAAGAGGCUUCUCAAAGCAGCGCAACAACAGCUGGACAGGGUGGUGUUCUUGAAUCUCUGACGAAGGGCUUAGUCGACUCAUCUCGUAGUGCCGUCAAGGCGAUCCAGGUCAAAGCUCGCCAUGCUGUUUCUCAAAAUAAACGCAGAUAUCAGGAGGGAGGAUUUGAUUUGGAUAUGGCUUACAUCACUGAGAACAUAAUUGCUAUGGGGUUCCCAGCUGGUGAUUUGAGCUCUGGGCUUUUCGGGUUCUUUGAGGGGUUCUAUCGGAAUCACAUGGAGGAAGUGAUAAGAUUUUUUGAGAGUCACCACAAGGGGAAAUACAAAGUUUACAAUCUAUGUGCCGAGCGAUUGUAUGACGCUGCACGUUUCGAGGGGAAGGUGGCAUGUUUUCCAUUUGAUGACCACAAUUGCCCUCCGCUUCAACUCAUAAAAUUAUUUUGUCAAAGUGCAUACUCGUGGUUGAAAGAGGAUAUUGAAAAUGUAGUGGUAGUCCAUUGUAAAGCUGGAAUGGGCAGGACAGGUCUGAUGAUCUGCAGCCUUCUUCUAUUUCUUAAGUUCUUUCCAACUGCUGAGGAGGCCAUUGAUUACUUCAACAAGAAAAGAUGCAUAGACGGGAAGGCUUUAGUUCUCCCAAGUCAGAUUAGGUAUGUCAAAUACUUUGAGCGCAUUCAGACUUAUUUGAAUGGGGAAAUUCAGCCUGGACGGAGGUGCAUGCUUCGGGGUUUUCGGCUUCACAAAUGCCCUUAUUGGAUACGGCCUUCUAUCACCAUCUCCAAUCAUAGUGGAGUUCUAUUCUCAACAAAAAAACAUCCAAAAACCAAGGAUUUGAUGCCUGAGGACUUUUGGAUCAGUGCCCGAAGGAAAGGAAUUGUUGUCUUUGCUCUGCCAGGAGAACCUGGUCUAACCGAGCUGAUUGGGGACUUCAAAAUCCACUUCCAUGACCGUCAGGGGGACUUCUACUGCUGGUUGAAUACUACGAUGACAGAGAACAGGAAAAUGUUAACGGGGGAUGAACUUGAUGGCUUCGACAAGAGGAAACUUCCUUCUCCAGGAUUCGAGGUUGAGAUUGUGAUGGUAGACUACGACGGCACUUCACCAGUAACCACAAAGUCCGAUCCAGCAAGCAAGGGAUCAAACAGUGCUACCGACUCAAGUUCUGCUGCAACAGCGCAUAUAGGAGGAGCUGCUGCUGCUCCGAAGUCUUCUAAUCAAAAGAAAGCGUCAGAGAGGAAUGACGAAGACGAUGUAUUCUCCGACAGCGAUGAAGAGGAAACCGAAGCAGCUUCAAAGAGCAAGCAAGGUCAAGCUGCUCAGCCUACUAGUCAAGCGGCUAAAUCCACUGCAGAACAAAUGAACAACUUGACUCUUGGGACGGAGCACAUGAGUCUCGCUAGUAAGGGAAUUUCACAGCCAAGUGCAAGCAGCGAGCCACCCGCCAGUCAGAAACAGUCUGCAAGCGUGGAAACGCCUAGGUUGGACUCCGGGGCCAGCGAGAUCAAGGCGAUGGCUGCUGAUGCUUCGGUGUUCACUUUUGGGGACGAAGAUGAUUUUGAAAGCGAUUAAACAAUGACAAGUAGGCUCGUUCAGUUUUGGCCUGCAAGCAACCAUCUUGGUAUGGCCAGGGGCUUGGAAGGUUUGAUUAGAUGCCAAUUGUAUUAAUUGUUUCUCGAACCUUAGCCCCGAAAGCACUUGUAUCAAUUUCGUAGUCUUUUGGGGUUAUUUGGAUGCAAAAGUUGCAAACUGACGAGUUUUAAAACAUUUAGGUUGUUGUAUGACAAUUUUGACAUUGAUGCGCCUGAGGUUUUUGUUGUUGUUGUAGGGGUGAGCAUUGGUGCGGCCGAACCGCAGGUUAUUUUGGCUGCAUCCCACAUUAGACCGUAAUUUAAUCAGUGCGGUCAAACCAAACCGUCUAAAUAAGCGAAACUGCACCGCAUAUGAGAUCACAAUGUAAUAUGGACUAUGAAUAAUUGAAUUGACGAAUU